GCCAUGGCGCGGCGCCUCGUCGCGCGUGGGGCCGUCAGCACGCCGGCGGUCGCGGCCGCCUUCGCGCGCGUCCGACCGCUGCGUGGAAAUCAAAAUUUUACGGCGCGUUCGUGCUGAAUCGUCGCGUCGGCCUCGCCGGCGACGCGACGCCCGCUCGACGGCGUGGCGGUGCGGGUCGCUCACCACUCGAUUCGGUCAGCACGCCCUUUCAUCGCUUUGGCAUGACGUAGCGAAGAAUUAUCGGGUGCCCCCGACGCACCGGUUGAUUUCCACACAGGUCGACCGCGCCGCGUUCGCGCCCGCCGGCCACGACGACCGCGCCUUCGACGACGCGCCGCUCCGCGCGGCGGAGGCCGCGAGCGGCUGCGUGGUGCACCUCUCGGCGCCGUCGAUCUACGCGGCGGCCCUCGAGGCGCUGGGCCUCGACGAGGUCUCGCGCUGGCGCCGGCAGCUGAGCUUCCUGAACCUCGGGUCGGGCAGCGGCUACCUCUCGGCGCUGGCCGCGGCGCUGCUGGGCGAGGGCUGCGUCCACGUCUGCGUCGAGCUCGACGCGGCGCUGGCCGCGCGGUCGCGCGCGACGCUCGCGGCGCUGGGCCGCGGGCCCGUGCCGGCGCUGCGGGACGUGCAGGUCGUCUGCGCCUCGGCCUUCGACGUGGACCUGGACCUGUCGAUGAAGUUCGACCGCAUCUACGUGGGCGCCGGCGCGCGCCACGGCGACGCGCGCCGCUUCGGGCGCCUCUUCAAGCCCGACGGCCGCCUCGUGGGGCCCUUCGAGGACGACUUCGAGCCGCGGCCGCCCUGGGGCCUGCCCCAGGCCCUGCUGCGCGUGACGCGCCUGCACGCGCUCGAGGGCUUCGACGAGUUCGAACUCGACGACCUCCUGCCCGUGCAGUUCUCGAACCUCGUCCGCCCCGCCGGCGACGACGACGGCGACGACGACGGCGACGACGACGGCGAGUACGCGUACGCGUACGCGGACUCGGACUCGGAGGAGGAGGACGAGGACGAGGAGGAGGCGGCCGCGGCCGACGCGGCCGACGACGUGACGCGCGACGCGGCGGCGCCCGCGCCCGCGCCCGCGCCGCGGCCGGCCGUCCGCCUCGUCGGCCCGCGUUGGCGCGACGCGCCGCACCUCUUCGGCGCGGAGUUCCACGUCGCCCUGGCGACGCUCCGGCGCGCGGCCGGCCGCCAGCGCCUGCCGGUCGCGCGCGUGCCCUGGCACGUCGUCGCGGAGCACGUCGUCUCCUUCCUCGGCCACGGCGACGUCGCCGCCGCGCCGCCGCAGCCGUCGCCGGCCGCCCUCGCGGCGAUCGCGCAGGUCCGGGCGAGCCGGUUCCGCGCGUUCGUCGCGCGCUCGGCCGGCGCCGCCGUGAACGGCAUCAUGGGCACGCUCGGCCACCGCACGAACCGCUACCACGACAGCGACCACGACGGCUCGGACUCCGAGUGA